AAGUGUUGUGGUAUGGAGGAUUUCUGGUUCAAUGAACUCAACCAAUUAAGGAUACUUGGCCUAUAAAUACAUAGCCUAGAAAGACCAAAGUUCCAUGCACUUGUUGGGCAUUUGUCAAGUAAGAUACACAAUCUAUCAUUAGCUCCCAAAGUCUCGAGAACUAGUUUUCAUUAGUGUGACUGUAAAUAAUUUUCUUUGACGUUCACAAUCUUGUCGAUGCGCAGUAGAAAGAGGCACAGAAAUGGCUGGCAAGAAUUCAAGUCAUGAGGUAGCUGCUGAAGGAAUCAAGAAGCUUCUUAGAAAUGAGGAUGAGACCAAAGUCGAGACGACGGAAAUAGCAUCGAGACGGAUUGAUGUAGGCGACCCGAUUCGAAUGAUUGGACGAGGGUUCGAUCACUUCAUGACCUAUGAAUUCCGCAAGUUUCCAGAACUUUUCGAACAACUUGCAGCAGGCCAGAGCCCCAAAUUUCUGGUGUUUGCUUGCUCCGACUCCCGAGUUUGCCCGUCUCGCGUCCUAGACUUCCGUCCAGGACAGGCCUUCAUGAACCGAAACAUCGCUAACUUGGUCCCAGGAUUUAAUCAGACGAGACAUUCUGAAUCUGGUGCAGUCAUUGAAUAUGCUGUUGCAGCUCUCCAGGUGGAGGUCAUACUGGUCAUUGGCCACAGUAGAUGUGGUGGGAUUGAAGCACUUAUGAGUCUUCCUGAUGAUGCGCCACCUUCCUAUGAUUUUGUUCAUGACUGGAUCAAGAUUGGUUUACCAGCCAAGGCUAAGGUGAUGGCAGACCAUGGGGACGAACCAUUUGAUGUACAAUGCAGGAUGUGUGAAAAGGAGGCGGUGAAUGUGUCAUUGAUAAACCUCCUCACAUAUCCGUACGUCCGGUCUCGGGUGGCGGAGGGAACUCUGAGACUGAUGGGCGGACACUACGAUUUCGUCGACGGCAAGCUUCAAGUCUGGGGUUUCGACGCCGGAACCAAACCCCUGCUCUGCAUUUGAGUUCAUCAUGACUCUUGUGUUGUUACUUUUGUUUCUCUGUUUGUGUGUUUCUCUUUUGUCUAUUGUCGUAGGCAUUAAUAGUAUGCCGUGAAUAAAGCAGUAGAGCAGCCGCUUUCUGCUCUGCUCUAUUGCUCGUUGCUGUAUGUUUGCGAAUGUAGCGAUUUCGUAGUCCGACAGGGUGGUUGUACGUAAAAUUUGUGCUCAUUUUAUUUCAGCUAUAAUAAAAGUCUUUAUCGUUCUGUA